AUGGAAGCGGAGAAGGUGGCGCCCGCCGCCGCAAAGGAGGAGGAGGAGGAGGAGGAAGGGGACAGGGAGGUGGAGGUGAUCCACCAGUGGUCGGCGCCCCGGUCCCUCAGCACCAGCCUAAUGUACUCCUUCGCUCAGGUCUCAACGCCGUCCACCCGCCGGGUCUGAUUACAUUUCAACUGUCUCUCAUCGGAAGUGACGAAUGUGCCUGGGGAAUCGGAAUUAAUCCAUUCUCCUGGCCGAUGCUGGUCCCCCAAGAAUGACGCGUCAUUGUCUGAAUGCGGGUUCCUCUUAUUCCAUCCAAUUAUAGUUUCGAUCAUUCAUUUUUCAAGAAUUACUUCUGCGCUGGAUGUUGUGGACGACUUGGGGUCAUUCUUGAUUCAUAUUCCCAGUUUAUGCUCAUCUAAGUUGGCUAGAAAGUAACCUGAUAGAUCAUCGCUCAUCUAAUCUGUGGGACCGGAAAGGUCUCCACUUCUUUGGAGAAGUUAUUUCCAUUCGUCCGCUUGACAUUUACGAUUUAGCCAAGAAGUUUUUCUCCUAAACGCUGUACUGUUUGCGUAGGUGUUAGUUAUCGUGGGUCACUGCCCAGAUUAUGUGAGCCAACUAGUCAGCCAGACAGAAUAUUUCACUGAUGCUUUGGUUUUCGAAAUUUAUGGACUCGGCUAAUUUUUAUUCUUAGUUGCAUUGUUAAAGAAAUAAUUUUUUUGAUCCAUGAUGACCAAUAGGGCUCACAGAUUUCUCAUCAGACGAGUGAUCUGAUUUAUGUUAAAUGCGGACUUGGAAGAAAUAUUAUCCUUUUGUGUCCCUUUUUACACGUGCAAAUGUUCUGGGCACUCAAAAAAAUGUUGCGAAACGGAUGGAGGAUCCUGGAUUAAAAGAAUCAUUGUAGGUUUUGUUGUCUCUAUCUAAACGACUGAUAAAAUUUAUCGAGAUAUUUUAUUCAAUAAGAUCCAAAGAAUGCAUAUUCUGGUAAAAGCAUAAAUAACCGUAUUGCAUUGUGGUGAAACUCUGGAGUUGGCUUUGUUUGAAUGUCGGAUCUGUUCUAACACCUACUGAUCUACAUUUUCCCUUUCUGAAUUUUCUUGAUAGAAAAGAAAUAGUACGUGUUAAGCUGCUUCCCUUCUAGCAGUAGCAGAGAUACAUCCCUUUCGACGAUGUUGAGGUUCUGAUGACUGCUUACUUCUGUUAUACUGUUUUUACUUUCAGAGAGAUGAUAUGGAGGUCCUUGAUGAACCUCUUUAUGCAAAUUUUCUGAAAGUUACAGGAGCUGAUAGACCCUAUCGUGAUGAAAUUCUGUCAAAAAUGGUAUGCCAAGUUACACAGAGUACUUGUUGCUUUUUUCUCUUGUUUAUGAUUAAUAGUUCCAUGUAAAUUAUAAAUUCAUGAACUUCCUGUCGUGGUAAUUGAUUCUUAUGGUGACCUCUGUAGAUUCUUCACAUCAAUUACAUGUAUAUUGCUUCGUUUAUGAUUUGUAUGAUACCAUGCGCUGUAUUUUUUGUUUCAUAGAUUUCUUUACUGUGGCCAUAUUUCUUGAUAUCGAUUGACAUGUUGUUUAUUAAUCGAGCAUUGUCAUAAUGAUCAUCUAUUCUCCCCUUGUGCUGCUGCACUUUCCUGUUUGAUCCUUAGUUUAUGAUGUACUUUCUAUGCAUAUAUUUUCAAUGCAGGAUCCUGAUGGGAAUAAAGUGGUCAAGGAGGUGAUCUUUGGUCCUGGUAAAAAGAGGUAUCGUUUAUGCAAGGUAAUCCAGAUUGUAGUUGAUUUUUAGCAUGCACUUUAAUUAUCAUAAGUUAGUAACCUUGAUGAAGUUUCCAUGCCCGAUAUAAGUUUUCUAUAGCUAAUUUAUGCUUUUACUAGUAGAUGAGAAAAUACCAACCCUUCAGUGUCAACACUUUCUUGUCAAGACAAUAGUAACUAAACAAAAGUGUCAAUAUUUUUUACUGUAGACGUUGACAAUUUUUAUCUUUGGAAUUAUUUUGCUGAAAUUUACCUACUGUUUUGUGCCAUCAAAUUAUAUGAGAUUGAAGGUUCUGGAGGCUUAGGAAAAGCAUAUGGUAGAUCAUUAGAAUAGUCUACCAAGUGCCAUGAUUAACUGAUCGAAUUUUUAUGACUAGUCCUAGUUGUCUCUUUCCAAAGCAGUUGCAACUUAAUCAAUAAAAUGAAUCUUAGUCCAUAUUUUUUUUUUGCGUUAAUGAACUGGGAAUCAGUUUAUUAUCAUUUGUAGAUAUUGCAAAAUUAUUUGGGAUGUUUACCAGACUUAAUACUACUGAAGCUUGACACGCUUAAAAAGUUCAAUAUUUCAUAGUGAAGUGGUGGGUUCUCUAAGUUUUACUCUGUGAUUUGUCCUAAUGUGGCCCAGGAGUUUCUUGUUCAGUUUCCUUCAUAUCAAUUAUUGCAUUCAUUUACGGGAAUAAAUGGUCUUUAUGAUUUUCUGCGUUUUAUCAAUUAUUUCUGUUGGAUAUGUAUCUAUGAAUGAUUAGUUGACUCGUUUGUUCUGAAUUUAUUUAAUCUAUUUAAUGCAGCAUAUGGCAAAGCAACGGCUUCCAAGCUUGUCAAAUGAUAUGAUGAAGAAAGGGAAGCACUUCAUAUUGAUUAGAAGCCCCCUUCAAAUCUUGGUACUGUUUAUGCACUUUUUAUUUUGGUUCUUGUCGGACACAAUUCCUCUCAUUUGGGGUUCAAUAUUUGGUAUUAUUAUUGUCACGAAUUGGGCUUAAACGUAGACCUUGCCAAGUGUAAAUAUGUUUAACUUGUAUGUUUUUCAUUUCUCAAAGUCAGUAAGGAGAGACAGCAAAACAAAUGCUAAAUCUGUCUACCAUGGGAAAAUAUGAAUUUUGGUAAUUUUGAUAAGCAGAGUUAUCUUCAUAUAUGAUAGGCUUUGGCUAGAUUGGAAGAGAUUAUGGUGGUUACUGGUUUUAUACUUCAACUUGGUAUCUUUUUUAUAUUUUUAUGUUAUGUUUUCAUCUCCUCACCUACUGUUAACAUUUAGAUUGCGUUAUUUUUCUUCCCCUCUUUGUAUGACUACCAAUAACUAAUGAACGCUUCUGAUUUGAACCAAACAUUCGAGGAUACUGAUCCUCAAUCUAACAAUCAUACCUUUCAGGUUGACAGAUUAUAUACCUCUCUAGAAAUCUUAGUCUAGCAAUAGUCCUGGAAAAAAUCUGUAAUCUUUCAUGCGACUAUGCUUUCAUAUCUUAUUGCUAUUCUAUAUGGGAAUGGCACGGUUGAUAUUUAUUUCGCACAUCUAGUUUAUGGGCGUGCACCAUUGGAUCGAGUGUUUAUUAUCUUCAUAUUAUUAUCCUUUCCUGAUGGUAUCAAAAAAUUUAAAGGAAGCAUCAUCCCGACGAAAAUUUAUGCGUUUCUUUAAAAUUUUGGUACAUGUUUUUGCUGAUAACUUUAUAAAAUUCUUGUUGAAUAUGUUGCAGCCUUCUUUUGACAAAGUUAUACCGCCAUCAUUUCUUGAGCUGGGUUUUGGAAGCCUCGUCUCCAUCUAUUGUGAACUUUGUGAACUUGGUAAUCCUCCUCCUAUCAUUGAUGCAGAUGACCUUCAAGGAGAUCCUGAGGUUAGAUAAUUGCUAUUGUAAUUAUGGACAUUCUUGUAUGCAUUUUAAACAUACUUGACAGACCAUUUACCAUAGUUUUACUGUAGAAACCAUUACUUGCAACCCAUGCUAUGUCUCAGAGGACACCUGUUGAAUGUCUUUGGACUAGGCAAUUAUUUUACAUUUUCUCCAGUUUUUUCUGUCACAGCAUUUGUGCUAUCAGAAAACUAUGCAUUCUUUAAUUUUCCCUCUUAAAGUUUACCAGCUUUCGUGCAUUUAGUGGAUUUCAAAGUGUACUUCUUUUUAUUUUAUUAUCUGUUUGUUUUCCUGAAUCCUCUGUUAAUCAAAGCGUUCUUGUGUGUGUGUGCAGGGUAUCUUGCGUGGCCUUUGUGAAGAUUUAGAUAUUCCUUUCCAGACAUCAAUGCUCAGGUAAUUGGUUGUUUGAUCCUUUUGUUAUCAGCUUUGCCAUGACAUGGCUAAGAGGAGGAUGUGAGCAAUUAUGGUAUAUUGCGGUUCCUCCGGAUGCUGUUGUUAUCCUAGAUUAUGCACAUAAAUUUUUUGUGAUCUUUAUCUCGAGGGACUGUGGCUGCCUUUUAUGUCUUAAAGUAUUGGACCUAUUUAUUUCUUUUUGGUUGGGCAACAAGGUGCCAUCUUGAUUCACUCUUCCAGAAUAUAUUGCACUUCACUUUCUCACCUGGUUACCAACCCUAUGUGAAGAAGGGGAACAUAAAGCUUGAAUCUUUAGAUUCAAGCUUUGUACAAUCAUACCCAUCCAAAGCGUCUCCUGGCUUUGUUUGGCUUUUCGUUUUAGCAUUUACGGAAGAUGGGGAUGUUACUAUAGUGGUUGCCAGCUAGUCUGGAAUUAAAGCUUGACCACGGUUUCACUACUGCUUCAUGCCAUCUUUGGGCGUCUACUAGUAGUGGAUUGAUGAAUUGCCCAUAUUAAGAGUUCAUGUAGGGGCCAUUUCGUAGCUCGUCAUGGAUUUUUCUAAAAUUUUAAAGACCAUUUUUGUAGGUUGAUCAUUUACUGAAUAUGAGGAUAUAUCUCAUCUUUAAGAAGAACAGAUGUUAUCUUUCUUUUUACUAGAAUUCUUUGUUAACUUUUUAGUGCAUUCACCAAGGCCAUCAAAUAGAGAAAGAAAAGUAGAGCUCAAUAAUCUUUUGAUGAAACUGACGAAUUUUUCUGCCCCCUUUCUUACUUGCUGGUGGUGCUACCUGUUAAUGCUCUGUGCCAUAAAAGAUUCUGAUCUAAAGCAUAGGCAGGAAUAAUGCCAUGGCUAAGGCAGCCACCUAGCCGCUAGUGCCUUUCCCUUUUUGUUUUUUUCUUUUCCUCCUACUCCCUCCCUUCUUUUAUUGGCUUUUUUUUUUCCCGAUUUCCCCCUCUUUAGAUUCUUCAAGAUGCCUCUGUGUAUUGAUCAUACUCUAUCAUCUAUGCAAGUUCCGGGCUCAAAUAAAGCCAGAUCUCAGAUUGGCCGAUCUGACCUAAACCAUUGAAUUUUUGAAGUUUAAUACCAGAGAUGAACACUCUUACCAUGUGUUGAGUCCGUGUAGGUAGAGUUAUAUGUUUGUCUGUUAAUGCUUGUUAUCCUGUGAGGCUCUUUUUAUGUUCUUUAUAACUUGAAGAGUCAGACUAGCCAUUGGGCAAUGUUGGGGACCUCCGACCUUUGAAAAACUCCCUGAAAUGCUGUGAAAUGCUGGUUUGGCAGCUUUUUAAGACCUGACAACCACCACAGAUGCAGAUGGGUCAACCUGACUUUGGGUCUUCAAAGCCUAUAAAACAGACAAAUUAAAAGAAACUGGAUAGACCUGGCCAGAUUUUGUAGAAAUCCAUGUGAUAUAGUUCGGGUUAGGUUUGACCCGACAGGCAGACAGUCAACCCCAGCCAUAGCUUGGUAAAAAAAUAGAGUUUAGACCAGUAGACUCGAGCAUUCAAAUGUGUCAACCUGGUUUUAUAGAUUAGUUUGCUCUUUUUCUGGAUAGUCAGCCUGGGCUGACAACAGUGGACCUUAAAUUGGAUCAAACCCAGGAUACAGAGGGGUCAACAGGGUUAUUCUGAUGACUGAUUAUCUUCAUACUUUUUGUACAUUUUUCGAUAAACGUUAUGCCAAUGGGUUUGCCAUCUUCAAAGUCAUGUAUUGCCGUUGAAUUCUCAACAGCAUUCUACACAAACACUUGAACUAUAUUAAAUGAUGUGGGCUAUAUCACAACCAUGAUUCUGGCAAGCAGAGUUAUAUCAGUUUUGGUCCCUCAUUGUGUUCUGAAUGUUUCUGAUUCCUGACAAGUAAUUAUGUACUGCCCUUGGUCAGAAUCAAUUAUAAUAUACCUUUGUUCAUAUGUUUAAGGCAGACCGCAAUGAAUAUUUGUCUUCUCAAAUGUAAAUUGCAUCUCAUUUCAGUGCUAGGAUUUCAUAGAUUCCUCUUGUCUAAUGCUGACCUUGGAGGAUUCCAAACAGUCCCAUAGGAAGCCAGAAUCUCUCUUUGGAGUAGGGUAAUCAACUAUACCUUUUUAUAGGGAUAUCCAUCGUGUAGACUAAUUCAAGAUAUAUUAUGCCGUAUGCACGAACUUGCUCAUGCAGCAAUGUAUCAUUUUGAGCGGAAAUUCUCUGGAUGGCUCUUUUUCUUUGAGAAUAUGACGUAAAUCAGAGCUGUGUUUCCUUUUCACGUGUUUCUCUUUUCAAGGUGUAGUGGAGCAUUUCUUAUUGGGUAGAUUUUAUUGACUUGACUGAUGUUGCUUUACAGUUGUUUUUCCUCUUUUGGGAAAUUUUCCAUCUCACAUAACCAAUUGACUAUCUGUUGACCUAUCAAUACCACUGGGAUCUUCUUGUGCCAUAUUUUUUGUUUCCCAUGGCUAUAUUAUGUGGUAUAAAUAAAGGUAGGCUAUUAAGGUGCUACGUUGUGUUUCAGGUGGGAAGCUGGUCCUAAGGCAAUAGAUGGAAUUUGGGCGCCCUGGUGGUAUGGGAGUGUACACAAGUCUACAGGAUUCUCAUCCCCACGUCCAUAUCCCACAGUAUGAAUAUCCCCAUUAUUACUGCUGUAAUGAAGUGUUAUUUGUCAACGGUUAUGGUUUAUGGUGCAUGAUAAUUGGUGGUAGUUUACCUUUGUAAAUGCUGAGCUUCAACUGUUUUCGAGUGGUCUGCACGAAACUUGUGUGGGAAGUUGAGGAUGUGAAGUUUCUGAUUUGCAAAGUUGAGGUAGAAAAAUCACUAGGAUUCUAUACCUUUCCAAAUAAAUUGUUCAAUUUUUUUUGAAUCUUACCAAGGAUGAUUGAGUGUGUCGUUGAGGAAUUUAAUGCUAACUCAUGGUCCAUCAAAGGCUGUAUAUGCACACGUAGUGACAUAUACAGCUAUAGACUGAUUAGUUUACAGUGACAGGAAAAUUAUCAUAAAGAUAUCUCUGUCAUUGAGACUGAAGGCUAUGAUUGAUAACAUUCUGGAUAGCCCUAGAUCUGAUUCACGUAGGGUGAAUACAUCCUUCGAAAGUAAUGCGGUAGGAUAUGAGCGCCAUUGACUAUCCAACAAGUAAGAAACAGAAAUGUAUCAUGUGCAAGCUGAGCUAUGAAGUCUCUUUCACAGAAUUAAUUGGAACUGUUCAUUUGGCCGAAUGAAGCUUUGGUUUUCAUAGACUGAAGGUUGAAGUAGUUUUAAAAAGUUGCCCUACUGCAAAUUUCUAGAUUUGGUCUAUAUAAAUCCCUGCAGAUAUGUUGGAAAUGGUUGACAGCUAGAAUGAGGGAAUGAAGAAUUUCGUGGUUUGUGAUACAACAUUGACCAACAACCUAACAAGCAUAGGACACUGACCAACAACCUUAUCUUUACUUGUACCUUUUUUCCUCACACUCUCUUGCAAGCUGGUGAACAGGCUACUCUAUUCCUACUUUGGAUAUAAUAUUCUGAAAUAUUGAACUACUUAGUCCCUUAGUAAGUACAUUUACAAGUUGGCCAUGUGUGGACGUAUAAGAUGUACAAAUCAAUCUACUCUUCAGCUUCUCCUUGAUAGUGAUAUCUAUCAAUAUCUAGCUUCUUGAGGAUUUUCCAGAGUUUCAAAUUAAAGAUUCAAACAAAGGAAUGGGGAAAGACUUAGGAUGUGAUGAUACAUCAAGUAAGAAAAAUUUCCAUCCUUAUCUUCAUUGAUUGAACUUUCCUCCUGAAGAUAAGGUGCAGUCAAGUAAGACUUCUGUUCAUUGAAAGUGACAUCAAUUGGGACAAUUUCUUUGAUGGAGUUUGAUAACACUCAUACCCUUUUUGACUUGGAGAACAACUCACAAAGAGACAUUUUAAUGCCUUAGGAUCUAAUUGCCCCCUAUGUUGCCAUGAACAUGAACAAAUGAUACACACCUAAAUAUCCUAGGGACAAGAUUAUUUGUAAUUUGUUAGUUUAGUUGGAAUAAUGAUAAUUAUUCUAUUAGACUCUUGAAUCUUAAGAUUCUAGAAGGUAGACAAUUUAUGAGAUGUGUGGUUGUAAGAAUAGCUUCUCCCCAAGAAGACCUAAGCACAUUGUUUUGGAAAAGAAGGGCUGGGGUUACCUCAAUAAAAUGAUCAUUUUUCCUUUCUAUUAUUCCAUUUUGCUGUGAUGUAUUGACACAUGAUGACUUAUGUACUAUUCCUUCUGUUUGAAAAUAUGAACUCAGAAUUUGAUUGACAUACUUCCUAACGUUAUCUGACCUAAACCGUUUGACAUUUACUCCAAAUUGAUUCUUAAUCAUACAACAAAAAUUUGGGAGAACAAUAUUCCAAUCAGAUUUAUGUUUAAGUGGAAAAAUCCAGGUAACAUGAGUGCAACCAUUGAUGAAUGUCAUAAACCAUCUAUAACCCUAGAAACAUCAGGAACGGUUGAAGGACCCUAGAUAUCACUAUGAAUAUGAAAAAAAGGGAUAAAACUUUUUUCUUUUCAAAUUAGAGAAGACACGUUUGUGUUUAGUAUGUUUACUGACAUGAUAGUGGAACUUUCAACACUUAGAUUUUGAAAUAAAAAAGGAAAUAGAAUUCUAAUAGAGGAAAAAGGAUUGUUGGUCUUAAAGGCUGAGAGAAUCAACAAUGAAGGUCAAUAAUCAAGAGAGAUUGUCAGCAAUUAAGUCUGACCUGGAAAAUCACGAUGAAGACCACAGAAAAAGUUCCCAAAUUUACAAGCCUAAGGCUCUAGUACCAUGACACAAACCAUUGAAGGAUAAAAAGUUAGGAAAAAUCUCUUCCACUAAUCAAAUCAUUGUACAACAGCUAGUUAUACACAAUUACCCUGGUCACAAAAAUGUAAAUUGCCUAGGUUAAGGAAACUGACCAACUAGGAAACUGACCAACAGAAACUAACUCCUGAUUGCGCAUACUGAAAGAGGGUGACAUCAUUCUACCUUGAAUCAUAUUGUUUGUAAAAAAGUACUCUAGAAAGGUGCCAUGACUAGUUCUUGGGCAAGCUUAGGAAAGAUUGUAUCCAAAGACUGAUAAAAGUGAAGACAUGAGGUGGGGAGAGAACAAUUGAAUAAUAAAAGACUUGUUCUCAGACUUGGACUAGACAAGCUUCUGUGAUCAUCAAAUUUAAUGGCCUCUUGGUCAAGAAUAGUGAGCCUUGUACUCUCUACAAUAGUUACUUCAUCUUGUAUUGAAUCAGGGGAACAAGACGAUGAGGUAAGGGCAACUAUCAUAUCAUCAGUUAGUCAAGAGUCAAUAACACCAAUCACAAGUAGGAUAAAUGGUCACCUUGUGACUGACAUAGUUGCUUGGUUUGUGGCAUGUAUGUCGAUUAUUAGAUGAUAAAUAUGAGCUAUUUUCUAUCUCUGCACAUAAAUUUCCUUUGUAAGUGUCCACACUUGAUGAGUCCUCAUUUUAUCAAGAAAUAUUGGGGUUAAAGGGAAAACCCGCAAUUUUCUAACUUGCUGGCAUCUAGAGAAGACAGAGAAUUGUCCCGAGUCUUUUGUCCGCCCAGGAAUGACCUAGUGUCGUCUUGACAUAUGUGAAAGACAAUAGCGAAAAGAGGACCGACCAGAGCAUUGGAUUUGAACUCUUGCUGUAUAAAAUCAGAGAGAGAAGGGAAAAGAGGUUUGACCGGUUCCCUUGGUGCCUGAACAAGUCUUGAACUUCAAGUCGUUUUUCAUGGUCUAGGACAAGUCUUCUUUGAUCUGUUGACUAAUUGACACAAGAGUUCUGAUAUUAUGUUGAUAGAAGAUAAGAUAAGAAGACGACAGAUGCACAUCAAAGAGGUGACAAUUGGCAAAAAAAGUGGGUCGGCUGGGUCCUCUGAAUUUGUUUAUAAUUAGGAUAAACCUCAACGAAGUUGCAUGGUAAAAAUAGCCUUCAGGGUAUUAGAUAUAAAAUACAAUAAAUAACUAACGAUGAGGGAAAUGAUACAAGUAUCUUUAUAUUCUUAAUAUCAUUUUCAAUGCGUGCACAUAUACACAUGAAUAAAUAGAUUAUUUUUACAUGUUGCGCUCAACUUUUGGUUUCUUUUCUUUUGAACUAUCCUAUUUUUGGAUACUUGUUUUACCAGGGUAAAAUAUUUUCUGCUUGGUUAUGUCAUCUCCCCUCCCUUAUUAACCACGGUUCUUCUCCGGGCAAUGUAUUGUAGAUAUAUACUUGUCCUUAUUUUCGAUUUUAGCUAUCUUUUGAUUAUUGAACUGUGAUGUUAUCUUAUGUCUCAUCCUGGGUUACUCUUCAGCCACUCCCCCCUGCAUUGUAUGCGUUAUUGGAGCAAAGUCUACCAUUCUACAACCUACUAAGGCGCCAUGUGAAGCGAUCAUCAUUCGCAUUGAAGCCUUCCUUACCUGUUCCUACGCUUCCUGUUUCCGAAAAUAAGAAGAUUCUUGUUUGGGUUGGAGAUGAACUCUUAACUCGUGAUAGUGCAAAGGUAUUUUGUCAUAUUUUUAGUUAUUUUUUACCACUACUCUUGGUUCUUUGAUGUUUAGUUAUGAUAAUUCCUGAAUUAUAUUUUCCAUACAUUUUGACACUCAGAUUUUCACAGGUUUCAGUGCUUGACUCUGUAGUACAAGGUGGUGAUGCAGUUUGGGAAGGACUCCGUGUCUACAGGGGGAAGAUUUUUAAGCUUAAUGAUCAUCUAGAUAGGUCUGUUUUCUAAAGUUGCAUAAAACAAAGCAUUCUGCUGGUUGUUCCAAUGCAUUUUAGAUAUCAGUCUCUAGCAUGUACUUUUCACAGUUUUUUCAUCUGCUAAUUUUUUGUAUGAUGCCUUUAAAUAAUUGACCUUUAACUGAAACUUCCUUUUCUAACCAGAUUAUUUGACUCCGCAAAAGCUUUGGCUUUCAGUAAUGUUCCCAGUAGUGAAGAGGUAAGCUGAAAUUGGCUGUGUUUCUUUAGAAUUUACAUUAUUCUCGUAUGGUUCUAUCAUCUAAGGAGUUCAAAUAGUCCAAUGCAAGGAGCGCAUUUUUUUGAAUGACCUUCGGACAAAGUUGUAUUUGGUACUAUGUAAAUGUAUUGUUGUAGUUUAACAACUAGGUUAUGUAGAGACAUUUUAUUCCAGCAGCUUGCUUACCUUUAUUUAUCUAAUGAAACUACAGGUUAAGAAUGCUAUUUUUAAGACUCUUAUCUCGAAUGGGAUGUUUGACAAUGCACACAUCAGACUCACCCUGACACGUGGAAAAAAGGUUCUACUUUCUAUGCUCACCCAUUCCAACAUUGCUUAUUGAGUUUUGAAAAGCCCAUCUUCACAUUUUGACGCUGCUGAAUAUUUAAUGUAUUUGCCAACCUUCCUGUUUUGUUUCUUUCUUUGUGAUCUUUCAACAACUAAUUUGUAUUCUGGCGUAUGUCUUCUGCAUCAGGUUACAUCUGGAAUGAGCCCGGAAUUCAAUCUGUACGGUUGCACACUGAUUGGUAACUAAACGCUUAAUAUCCAAAUUUGGACUCUUGUUGGUUAAGCUCUGAAAUCACUGGUCAUCAUUAUUCUUUACCUCUUAUUGAAGAUCAUUGAAUCCAGAAUCUCCCCAAAAUAUAAAUAGAUUAGACCAUGCAGUGGUAGGCGUGGUUGAUCUGAGAUCCAAUCCCAAUUUGGCAGACUCUGUGCUCACGCGAUCAUGAAGAAAUAGGAUCUAGUUACCUUCUUUCUUAGAUGUCAAACGUGAACAAAGCACUUAUUCUUCUUAGCUUUAUUGAAUAUAACUUUUACGACAUACAUAGGGCUGAGAGAGUUUCUCUCGUACCAUCUUUAGAAGUUUUAUGAUUAAGUACGCCCAGAAAAGACAAAGAAAGGAAACCAGAAAAUAGUAAUGAAAAAUAUAACUUUUUAUGAAAUCUGUAGCAGCUCUAAGUAAUUGGAAGAAUAGCCAUUGAAGGAAAUAUAUUUUAGGAAUAUACUUCUCAAAAUAUAUCACGAUAUUCAUCUCUCCACCUCAAGCCGGUGAGUGUAUAUCUUAUAUUUCCAACUUAAUUGUUUGACCCUGAAAUCGUGCAACAAGUAGUUUCUUAGAAAAUAUACUAGUUGUUCUCAUGAUGGCACAAAUGAAAUGCUAACUAACCCGCUUUCAAGCUUCGUUUUAUUUAGUAUUGGUCAAUCUUUAUAUAUAUGCUUAGUUUUGAACAUAGGUUUGACUGGAUUAUCACAAUUUUAGUUGCAGAUUUGUUAUCGCAAGACAGCUUCAUAGGCACACUUCUUGCAGUUCUCAAGUCAUCUAGGAUUAUGUUUAGUGACAAUAACUCACAUAUUUCAUGAGCCAUGGGCUUGAAUUCAGUUUCAGUAUUUGAUCUGGGAACUAUAGAUUGUUUCUUGUUCUUCCAUGUCACAAGAGUUAUAAGAUUACUUCCAUGGAGCAUGGAACAUCAUUUAGUGAAACCUUCUAUCACCCAGUUAUUGUGCAUAGUUUGCACUCGUAGAAAUCUUUGAGGUUAGCUUUCCAUCUUUUGAGAAUAACAGUCUUCUCCUAGGUGUACCUUUUGAGGUACUGAAUUAUUUUAUAAUUGCUUGCAAAAAUGCUCUUCGUUGGGAUUCCACACCAUUUGACCUACUACACCGACAACAUAGGCUGUAUCUAGCAUCAUGUAUGAUAGGUAAAUCAAUUUUCCAACAUGUUUUUUAUAGCUUCCUUCGUGUACAUCAUUCCUAGUUUCUUCUUUGACCAACCUAUGAUUUUGUCCAAUAGGAGUAUUGAUUUAUUUUCUCCCUGGGUUUCCAGUGUCCUUAGGUAAAUCUAAAACAUGUUUUCUUUGAGCAAUGAAAAUUCCUUGUUUGAAGUAGGCAACUCUAAUCCGUUGAAAUACUUUCAUUUGGAGUAGGCAACUCUUUUUUUUUUUUCGAAUUCAUGCUCUGAUUACUCUCUUAAAUUAUUUCUCUUGUUUUCGUCUUAUUUACUAAAAUUAUGUCAUCAAGACAAGUAAGUAGAAUUGAUAUAUUAUACCUUCUUAAGCUCUUUGAUAAAUAGUGUAUGAUCCCCUUUACAUUGUCUGGUGCAAUAUAACUUUAUAAAUCUUCCUUACCAUGCUUGAAUGGAUUGCUUUAACUCAUUACAUGAAUUUUUUAAUGGGUGCACUUCAUUUGAUCUAAUGUUUCCAUCAGAACUUAGUGGAAUCUCCAUGAAGAUUUCUUCUUCCAAAUCCGUAUGAAGGGAAGCAUUCUUCACAUCAAAUUGUUGUGAAUUCCAGUCAGACUACGUUGUUACUUGCCUUGUCUUGUAUCUUUCUAAACAUUAACUUUAUAUUUUAGAGUGUAAAUCCAUCUGUAUUGCACAAUUUGUCUUUAGGUCGAGGAACAAUCUCCCAAGUCUGACUUUUUUCUAGUGCAUUCAUCUUGUUUUUCAUGGCUUGUGUCGAUUCCUUAUUCCUUAAACUGUUUCUUAUAUAUCAAUCGACUCUUAGUACAAAGGCUUUAUGUUUAAAACAUGGUCGGUCAAAUGAGACAAAAUUAGUUAAAAGAGUUGAGUGCCUUCUCUGGUUUCUUUUCUCAAAGCAAUUGGAAGGUCAAGAUCACAUUAAAUGUUGAUGGAGGAAGUGUGGUGUCAUUACAUGGAUUUGGUUUAGAUUCAUGAAUGUCUUUGGUCUUGGUUGAGCUGUACAUGUCUUGAAUAAACCUUCAAUUUCUUUGCGGGUUGCUUGGUUUGUGACUAAUGGUAUUCCUGAGUAAUUUUUGGAGACUCAAUUCUAUUUGGGCUAUUUUAAUUGGUAAUUCAGAUGACCCAGAAUCUAAGACCUCUUAGAUAUUAUUAGAUUCGAGUGUCUUCUUCAAUGUUGAUGGACAUGAGUGUGAAUAUCGACUUGGGGCUAAAUGUAGAUCGACAUCCCUAUAUUUGAUGUUGUGGAACCUCCUCAGGAAACAAUAAAUCUAUGCUUUGAUUUGUAGAAGUUACGAUAGCCUUUUUGCUACUUAAAAUAAUUGCUGCGGAUACUCUUUACCGGCGUUCAGGUCGCCACUGUAUCUCUGAUGCUAUGAAGAAAGAGCUUAUUAUUUUUUUCCACUAAACCCAAAACCUCUGCUGAUGUCCCUUUAAAAGGAUUCCAAGAAGAUCUAUUGCUUGACCUCAGAAGAAAGUCCUUGUCACACUCUAAGAGCUAUGUAAUGCAUUUGAGUCUAAAAUUCUACCAUCUUCUCCUUCCCUGAUCCCCGCCUAAUUUCCCAAGUCCUUUAGCCCUUUGCUGGCCUGGAAUCUUUGGGCUCAUUGGAGCUCCUGCAUCACUUUCUAGAAGUCCCUUGUCUGGGUGAAUGACGCAAUGAUCGAAGAAAGCUACUCCUCACACAUAUCUUAUUAAUCGGGUGAUCCCUGCGUAACAGAGAUCAAUAAAUUCUCAUCCAUAUAUGUCAUUUCAUUUUUGUCAGUGCUUGGAGAGAAGAUCUGAACUAAAGUUUCUAUAUUAUGCACAGGAGAGAAUAAGUUUCCACCAAUUUCUUACCUACUUUUCGCAAAUUCUAUGAAUCAUCGGGUAGUUUUCUUAAUUCCUUAGUUGCAAAAGAGUACAUAUUAUCCAGCACGAAAACAAGAGCCUCUGCUUCCUUUUUAAAAAUAAAUUCAUAACCUGACUCAGACCCUUGAAAACAACAUGUCUCUUAGCAAUUAUAAAGAAAUUUCGAUCAAGAUAUUCGUCUGUUUAUUGUCAUAUGCGAUUUUUUAGCAAAUAAAUAGUCCUGUGGUUAGCUUGCUCACCAUUCCCUCUCCAUCUCUUCCUAUAUAUGCAAUAUUUCUACGCUUCAUGCUUCCAGAUUCUCCGUAUUUUCUUUACAAUUCGGAUCAUCCAAUCAUGGUGUGUCGUCUGUUUCAGAAACUUCCUGGCCGCCAAUUCUGUACCCAUGCUCAGCGAUCUUUAUUCAAUACCUUCCUGACAAUCAAUUAACCUGUCUCUGAAAAUUAUUGUUUUUUUCUGCGUAGGAGUGGUUUGGAAGUUUCUGGAAUUGUAUGGCUAUCUCUCUUAUUUAUCACUAAGGACCCUUUGUAAUCUUAAUCUAUCCAAAGCUUCCAUACCUCGGCUCCCUGAACUUUCUCUCUUCUGAAUUUUACGUGUGUUCCUACUCUCUUUGUUAACAGGAUCAUAGACAAGCCUUAUGUCGUGCGUAUUGAGAUUUGGGGAGAAAAAUAUUUCAUUGAGCUUUCCUGUCAGUCUGUCCCACAUCUUUCCCUUCAGCGCUGGUUGGUCUGUGGUGUGAAUGUGUAUUGUAGUGUCCAUGUUGUAUUGUGGUGGUAACUUUUACCAUCCUGCUGAAAGAAAAGAAAUGAUUGGAAAACUAGCUAGGUGAAGUUCAAGGAAGAAGUUCAGCUUAUGACUGACUCUCAGGUCUUCUUUCAUAACCUUCCUAUUAUUCUCUGGGAGUUCUUUCACCUUCACUUGAACUUCUGGUCGGGAGUGUUCUUCACUAAAGUAAAGUGAUUGGUGGAUCUGUUCUUCCCCUGAUGCCACCAUGAUGGAAUAGACUUUUCCAUUAUCCUCUAUCAGCUCCACAUUCCUUACUUUUUGCACAUGCUGUGUCAACCGUAUCAUGGAACAAAAAUCCUGGGUAGUCGUACACUCUUGUUCUGGGUGGAAAUCUUCAUACUCAGGAAUCUUUUACUCAUUUGGCACAGUGAAAAAUGCUGAUGCGCUCCUUAUUUUGUUCAUAACAUUACAUGAAUCUCGUUUUACAGAGACGGUUCGAAAAUUAGCCUUCCGUUUAGAUACAUAAAGUAUAGAUUUCUAAUGUGAUGAAUUUUCCUUGGUUUUCACAGUGCUUGCUGAGUGGAAACCACCAGUCUAUGAUAAUAAUUCUGGAAUAAAGUUAGUGACUGCGACCACACGUCGGAACUCACCAAAUGUAAGUUUUAUCGCUUCUAUUUUAUUAAUCAUCAUUUUAUAUUUUUCUGUCCAUCUUGAAUCUUAUUUUACCAUAAUGCAUGGAAAGGCAUAUUGCACUCUUAGGAUUUGCAAUUUCUACUUAUUGAAUAGCUGUGGUAUAGUUUUAAGUGGUCUCAAUCCGGAAAUAUAACUCCCUGGGGAACAUUCAGGAAAGAAGUUUUAUUAAUCCAGGAGAACACUAGAAGGGUCCUGAAACGUUCGUUGGAAAUGCCUGUGUAUGUUCUAAGUGAAAUGAUGAUUUAGGUGUCUGGGCGUAAUUAUAUGAAUCCAUGAGAUUUCUGAUUGUAUUCCAACCUUUUAGUGCUUCAGGUUUUGUUCACAACACAAAAAAUUGAUGAAACAUACGAAAACUAAAAAGUAUCAAUUUGAUGAAAGCUAUAUGUAGUGUAUAAAAGCUUUUAUAGCAUCAAACUAGUUCAAAAUUAGGCUUUAAGCAUGAGGGAUUAUUACUCUAACAAUUAUGGAAAUAGAAAUUUUCUUUUUCGUUUUUCAAUGAUUUUGUCAAGCAUCACAUCUCUAGCUUCUCAUUUUGGAUUCUACUUUCCCUUGUCCAAUUCUAACUAAGGUCAGAGAGGAAUGGGAAUCAUUAGUCUGUUUUGAGUUUAGUAUGUACGUAAUGAUUGGCAUUAAUGGCUAUUAUAUAAAGGGGAAAUGCCAAAUGAAGUCUUGUGGAUUUUGGCAGCCCAUCAAUUUAUGAUUACUUCACUUAAACUUAAUUUAUGAUUUUUUCAUUCCUUUUUGUAGAAUUUGGAUUCAAAGAUUCAUCAUAACAAUCUUAUCAACAAUAUAUUGGCCAAGGUUUGUCUUCUCUCCGUAUUUUUGACUUGAUGUGUAAAUUCAUCGUGUUUUAUUAUUUUCACUGAAUUCAAUAAGGGGGACAUAUCACCACUAAUUAGCUGUGGACGUCACAGAUAGAAGGAAAUCUUGCCAAGGCAAAUGAUGCAAUCAUGCUGGACUACGAUGGCUUUGUAUCAGAAACAAAUGCAACCAACCUCGUGAGCCUUAUUCUGCUAUUACGACUCAACUCCAAUGUUGUUCUUUUAGAGAUGAUUGACAAUUGUUUAGAAUUGGAAUGCAGUUCUUGGUUAAGAAAGGCCUUGUGUCGACUCCUCAUGCUGAUUAUUGCCUGCCUGGGAUUACCAGAGCAACAGUAAGCUUUUGAAGACCCAUCAAUUGUGAUGAAAAUUUAGAUGAGCAUACCAACUGCGUUCUCAACGUUUUUUAGGUUUACGAUUGCUUAUUAUGUUAUUUAUUUAGAAACAUUGCAGAAUAGUUCUUUCACUGCGGAGAAAUUAGAUUUUUUUUCCAAUUAGUGGCUCUUUCGAUUAGUCUGCAUUUGAUAGUAGAAGCUUUCCCCUUUUCAAACCUCCUGUAUUUCUUAGUUGGUGUAGAAGGAAUCUUUGGUAGGCAUGAUGAUUUCAUCUUCGACCGGCUUCUAUAAUCUGCUCUAUUUUCUAGACACUGAGUAGGCUUAGGGGUUUAAGAUGAGUAAUUUAUUGGGCUAACUUAAUACCAAAUCGGUGCAACUCAUGCCACUUUGCAGUAGUGGUGAUACGAUCCCCCAGUUCAAUGAAAAGAAUACAGAGAAAAAUGGGUAUCUGGCAUGAACACAUUAAUUAAAAAUGAGCCUCUCUUCUGAAGAUUAAACGUUUAAUUCAUAGUUACUUGCCCCCAAUACCUUCUCCCAGACCCCAUGUGAUAGAUUGUGCUUCAGCUGCAGAUUCUGUUCAAUGAAAGACGGAAAAAAUAGAAAGUGCAGCCAAUGUCAAGGCAUUUUGUGUGUAGCAAUAUUAGUGACGAGAAGGUGCAGCUUUUUCCCCAUUUCUUUCUAUUCUGCCUUUUCUUUUCAUUUCUUCCACCACCACAAGCUGCCAACAAGCGCCUCGUUCAUCUUUAAUGGACUCGUUGCUUGAUUAAAAUACUGGGAAAAGAGAGUCUCGCCUCUAUUAUUUUUCACUCUUGCAAGUCUGGUAACCUGUCCCCAGCCAACUUAGCUUUUGAGGCUUCUGGGUCAGACUGAUGUUUGAGUUGGCCAACUCUGCUCCCGAAGUGUCCAGUUUUGCUCUUUAUUCCUCAUCUCUGAGAAGCCAUAACCUGUAGGAAGAAAUGUCUCAGGGCUAAUGAAAGACAGUAGCAAUGCAAAAUGUGAACGCCAUUUGCUUUUCUUGGAGAGUACUGCUUUUUAAUGAAUAAAAGUUUGCUACUAGUAGGAUUUUCUCUAAGAAGUGAAUUGGCUAUGCAAAUUUGGAGCUCACAGGACAAGAUGCUCUACUGUUUGAUGGUGUUACUGGUUGGUCGUGUAUUAAUUACUUUUCUUUUUCAUGCAGGUUAUGGAGCUUGUCAUUAAAGAAAACUUAGUUUUGCAUGAGCGGCGUAUCAGUCUGUCCGAAUUUCACACUGCAGAUGAGGUUAGAUUGAUUUCAAAUCAACCACUCAUGGAGAUUUGAUAGGUUUUUCUGAAGAAAAGUCCUUACUGUUCUAUUUAAAUCAUCGUAAAAUUUAACUUCCACUUCCACCUUCGGAAAAGCUCAUCUUUUCUCCUUUUGCCUUGUGCAGUUCAUUCUAAUAUUGAGGAAUGGUAUGACCUGAUUAGUGUAGGAUUACUGUAUCUUUUACCGUUUAUUCCUUUAUAUUAGGCCACCUAGCAUGUCGUUGAUAGGUGGGUGCUAUUGAGUUAAUGGACCAAAAUUUCAGUAAGCCAUGUGAUAUGUAUGGAAGCCUUAGCAUUUGUGUUCUCAAGGUUCAUAUUUCACAGAAUCUCCCUCACUACAUCUCUAGAGAUUGAACCUGGUAGAUGCCCUGUUUCUCUUGACGGUGGAAUAUAUUUCCUAAGUUUCACAUUGAGGUCAGUGGUACCCAUCCCAUGCAAUCAGAUAGGGGGCUCACUUGUAUUGGAUUCAUAUUUCUCCUUCAAACUUAAUAUACCCACUUCACUGUCUGGAGGCUACUCUGAAUGAUAAACAUUCUACGUGUUGUCUUGCCAUAUACCAUACAAGACUCUGACUUGUGGCAUCAAAAUUCAGGCAAAGCACUAUCAUAAUCAUCUUAAGACACAUACGUAUUCAUUGUUGUUAUGAUUUUAUCACAUUAGAAAGAAUACAGACGUAGGUUUACUCUACCCAUUAUCAAUUAGUUGACUUUCAUCACCUUAUAUUUUAGUCCAUUUGCUGGAGCAUCGUCUUUAUUUCUUGUCUGAAAACCCUAAUAUAUCUUUAUUAAGAUAGUCUGUAUAUGUAGACUAUCCUAUUAUAUUUAUUCUAGAAAAAAUAAAGCAUCCUUUGUAGUUUUGAGCUGGAGGCCCCAAUAGUUUAACAAUGGCCUGUGGCAGAUAUUCUCUUUCCGGUGGUUGUACUGAAGGGCGACAUGGUAACCACUAUUGAAGCGAUUGAACUGUUUCACUGCCAUCUUUCUUCCUCACAUGAACAAAAACUCUACAAGUUUGUGAAGAUUUAUGUAUUGACAUGACCUUCUGAAUGUAUGUCGAGUUUCUUGUUGGAGACGAACUUCCCUUUGUACUUCCUUUUUUCUUUCUUUUUCUGAGAAAUGUGGGAUGCACCACCGAUUUUUAUUCUCUCGAAAAGAUAUACACUAAAGGAAAAUGAAAAAAAGAGGUGACGUACUUGCGUUCAAAAGUGUUAUGGGCGAGAUAAACUGGCGUGGAUAAGAUGCAUGGUGGUGAAAAGGUACGGUGAACUUUGUGAAUGUACCCUCCUGUUUUUGCUCUUCUCAAACCAAUUCAAGAAGAAAAAUUCCUGCAUGUAUAGAAAACUAGUUAUGGAAAAGACGGCAAAAAAUUAUAAAAAUAAUACGAUUUAAUGGCAUUGGUCAUUUUCUUCUUAAGUCCAUCAAGGAGUUUUUUCUUCAAAGGUUUCUUCAACCCUGACUGUCUUCCUGGAUGCUGCUGCAUUCAUUUUCUUUUAAUUUCUCUAUCAUAUGAAUCCAUCUCCUGCGGGAAUAAUUUGUCUUCUCCUUUUCAUGAUACAAACCAUGGCAGACGUUAGGUACUGUAGACACCUUGAGCAUUGAUGCCCGUCUCUUUUGGCUUGCAGGUAUGGACAACUGGGACAAUGGGAGAGCUUACACCGGUAUGGUGUUUCUUGUUAAAUCUGAAAAAAUCUUUUAGUUUGCCGUGUGAUGAUUCUACAAUCCAUUCUUUUUUCCUUUUGACGAUUCUUUUAUUAUGAAUGUUUACUUUCUCGGGGGAAAAACACUUUUACUUCAAUAGGGGUUAAAUUAGACAGAAAAAUCAUUAGUUGGGCGUCUUUGAUGCAUGGGCGACAAGUCACUUGUUCUACAAUUAUUUUGCCCAGUUGAAACAAAAUGAAUGAAGUCAAAAGUGAAGGUCAUUGUUUCAUACUCUGCAAUUAUGAGGGCUGGUUGCUCUUGUUUCAUGGUUCAAAUAAUUGCAGAUUUAUGCCGAUUGGAUCUCAUACGGAAUGUAUGUAGUUGAUACUUAUUAAGUUUUAUGUACAUUAUUUUUCCCUUUUCAAUGAUUCAUUCGAUUCACCAUUUAGCUCUGAAUAUCCUCCAAUCGCCUUCAAGGCAUCUAACCCAGCAAUCUAUUUCAUCCUCAGAAAGUUGAUUUUCUUUUUCAAAGAAACAUAAAAAAUCUGCCAUCAUUAUUAUAUUGAGAAGUUUCAAGUCUUAGUCAAUUCUUUGAACCUGCACGUUUUCCUUCCUGAGAGAUCAUAACUUAGUGGAGGAUUGACCUUCAACAGGUUGUCAUGAUCGAUGGCCGAAUAAUUGGUGAUGGUCAUGUGGGACCCAUCACUAGGAGGCUGCAAGAAGCUUACAAGCUCCUAACAUCAGGCUCAGGUGUGAAGAUACCAAUGAGCCCAGAGAUGUAG